AUGAAAAUCACACAGCUCUACGUUUACCCAAUCAAAUCGCUGCAAGGCAUUGCAUUGCAAAAGGCGAAGCUCGACAGGCAAGGCGUACAGCAUGAUCGGCGGUUUAUGCUGCUAAGGGUACACGAUGACGGUCAUCAUGAGCCAGUUGAAGUCGUCAGAUAUCCGGCAUGUGCUCUUUUCGUCCCAGAGAUCCUAGAUGGAAAGAUCGUGAAAUACAAGAUCCCGGAGGAGCCGGCUUCCCCGCCGACGCAGGCGCAGAAAACACCACUCGAGAUCCCGUUGGAGCCGGAGACCGCUGGGCUUGAGACCGUGGAGGUUGACUUGUACAAGAGCAAGACCAUGGGCUACCGCAUGCCUGAGGCCCAUAACUCUUGGUUCAGCUCAUGCCUCGGCUUCGAGACGAUACUCGUGUAUGUCGGCGACGGCAAACGGCAGGUACUAGGGACGAUGUCGCCUCAUGCCCAGAACAAGCGGAACCAGGGGUGGCUAUCCUCUAUGAAGAGCUACAUUGGUUCGAACGAAGACCCUCACUGGCUCACGUUCACAUGCGUCGCAUCGUAUCUGAUCGCGACCGAGGCGUCUGUGAACGACGUGAGCAGCAGGCUGCCACCUGGAGAAGACAUGGACAUCCGCAAAUUCCGGCCAAACAUAGUCGUUGAAGGCGAGGGGGCCUUUGAUGAGGAUUACUGGGGCGAGAUCGAGGUCGAGAACGGCGUGCGGUUCGAUCUUACUGGGAACUGCGGGCGCUGCGUGUCGAUCAAUGUCGACUACGCGACGGGGAGGCCUGGAACAGGCGAGAGCGGUAAUGUUCUCAAGAAGCUGAUGAAAGACCGCAGGGUGGAUAAGGGCAACAAGUAUUCGCCAAUUUUCGGCCGGUAUGGCUUCCUCCAGGCCGAGCGGGCAGAGAUCCAAAUUGGACAAGAGGUCGCCGUUACCAAGCGAAUGGAGGAACGAUGUGUCUGGGAUUGGCCGCCGUAUAAAUGA